AUGCAAAACGAGAAUGAUGCCCACGAGAGCUCAUCUAAAGAAGGGGAGGGUCGGCAGAGCCUUGAGCAGAUCAUCGACUGGUUCGAAAAGAAUGCCCCAGAGCCAUCGAAAGUUUCAAUGUCGACCACCGAGGACAGGGUCAGGGAUGUCAAUGCCGCCUUUGAUCCCGCAUGGCGCCUUCAGGACGAUAUCAUGAGAGUCGUGGAGAGAUUUUACAUCAUCAAUGGUCAUGAUCAGUGGGCCCCCGAAAUCGCUAUCAACUUUGAAGAUCACAUGAAGGUCGUGCGGGUGUUGGAUGCAAGGCUGGAUAUAAUACGCUACAGGUUUUCUCAAGACGAGAGGUUCACGGUUGAGAGACCAAACCACCGGAAGAUAGAGGCUGAAGCCUCGACGCAAAUAAGCUGGCUUGAGCGGGAUAGAAUUGCGGGCGUAGACUCGCUGAAUCAUACCACGACGGAAGAGAUGGAAGCUCUGAAGCUAAUUAAUGAUAUAUUAUAUUCUAUUACGGGUACUGUGGAGAGGCUUUUGCGGGACAGAAGGUCUCAGAGGUAG